AGGCCAUAUAAAAUACGUCCCUCUCUUCUUUCAUUGCCCUUUCAGUCUUGCUGAAGCACCUCUUUGAUCUCCUUCAACAGUCCAAGACUCGGAAACUAAUUCUCCAUAGAUUUAAAUGAAGACGAUGGGUGAGAUUCUCCAUGCCCGCGACGACUUCGACAUGCAACUGAUAGGGAAAUUCUUGAGCUUCGCUUCGAGAGGCGACCGAGUUGGACUGAACCAGAUGUUGAUCCAAGGCAUAUCUCCUGAUGUGCAAGACUACGAUAAUAGGACGGCGCUGCAUCUGGCGGCGAGUGAGGGUCACACUCCCAUUGUUGAGCUUCUCGUGUGCUACAAGGCCAACGUUAAUCUCCAAGACCGAUGGAAAAGAACUCCCCUGACAGAUGCAAGACUCUAUGGACAUCGAGAUAUAUGCAGGAUUCUUGAAGUGAAUGGAGCCAAUGACUUUACCAGUGAUCAGUUGAUGACCGUUCGACACGAACAAGAUUCAAAUGAUGUGAAGUUUGACAUGACGGAAUUAGAUACAGAUAGUUCAUCAGCGAUUCAACAGGGUUCAUUUGGUGAAUCUGAAAAGGUGAAGUGGCGUGGAAUCUGGGUCGUAAAGACCGUCGUCAAAAAAGACAUAUGUGCUCCUGUUAGGCCCGACCCUAGCACUGGGCAUGCUUGGCGACAGCCCAGGGCCGCAGAGCAAAUGGGGCACCAAAUGAUACUCUCUGCUAAGGAUAAUACUCUCUUACGGGAGCUUAGACAUCCCAAUAUAUUGCAGUUUCUUGGUUCAAUUGUGCAGCAAGAGGAGAUGGUUCUAAUUACCGAGUAUCUACCAAAAGGCAAUCUCGAGGAUAUUUUGACGCAAAGAACACGUCUUGAUGUGCCUACGGCUCUACGCUAUGCACUUGAUAUUGCUAGGGGAAUGAACUAUCUUCAUAAGCACGUGCCAUCCCCAAUAGUUCACAGCCAUUUGAGUACCAGAAACUUAUUUCAGGAUGAAGGUGGCCACUUGAAGAUUGGGGAGUAUUGGGUUCAAAUGUUGCAUGAACAAAUUAACCCAGAUCAAAAUGGAAGGCAAAACAGUGAUGGGACACAGGAUUUAACCAAGAUAGAUAUUUGGAGGUUCGGAUUCAUAUAUUAUCAGAUGCUAGAAGGAAUGCACUUCCAGACCAACACAAACUCUGAUCAACCCGAACUCGUUGAUUUUAAACCAAAAUUCCAUUUAAGUCGAUGUUCUAAUAGAAUUCAAGAGUUGAUAGGGAAAUGCUCAGGUCAUCCUUCUCGAAGACCCCCAUUCGAAGAAGUCAUACGUAUCCUAGAAGAGGAACUAUUGUCUGUGGGUAGAGGUGUGUGUCCAGUUUACUGCGUACAGAUGGAGAUGGGCAACAAGUGCACCAAAUAAGAUUUCUGGUUUGUCAUGUCACGGUAAAAAAGGAAAUUGCACGAAUCUAGUGGACCGAACAUUUUGUAACUAAUACUUUGUAUAAUGACGAGAUAAAAAGGGGUCUCUACUCUUUCGAUACUUUUUCCUGAGUGGAAAAGAAAAGAGAAGACUAUUCGGAAGCAACUUAGUUUGGUUGAGGAAAAAGUGGGGAAAGUAAUGCCAAUGUGCUUAUGUGCAUAAUUGAGAGUUUGAUUGCUAUGAAAAGAAAAACGUGCUGGGUGGACAGCCCCGUUCAUCUACUCAAUUAGGUAACUAAUAUAAGAAGAUCGGACUGAUCUCGAUCCGAUCAUACAAGAAAUUAUGUAAUUCGAUAAUCUUAAGAAACAGUGUAUGUGUAGGUAUGUGUUUGUACUUGGUGGUGGUGUAUGG